AUGACGAAGCCCCUGCACCGGCAGCGCUCGCUGUCGUCGGCGAGCGGCGGCGGCGUGGGGCGCGACACGCCCAACUCGCGGCCCUCGCUGCAGACGUCCAAGGAGUACGUGGCCCGCGCGCAGCAGUUCGCCGACGCGCGCGUCCACGAGACGCUGCACAGGUACCACAGCAACCGCGCGGCCGCCUCGUACGCGCCCGGAGGCUCGGCCGGCGUGGACCGCUCGCAGUGGAAGCUGGCCAAAGGCGGCGGCCGCCACGACGCCAUCGCCUGCUACAAGAAGGUCUCGGCGCGCGGCCCGUUCGGCGGCCUGAGGAUACGCGCCAAGCACAAGCAGCAGCAGCAGCACGCAGACGACGCCAUGCGCAUGACCAUGAGCGCCGGCAAGAGCGCGCCGUCCGUGGCCCUCUCGGACCAGGCCGAGCUGCUGGCCAUCGGGACCGUGCCCGGCACGCUCGAGGACGUGCUGCACGGCACCGUGAACCUCACGCCCGAGGCCAUGCAGAUCGAGAGCGCCCACGCCCAGUGCGACCUGCUGGACAGCCGCGUGCUGGCCGCGCUCGUGGCUCCGUCAGCCAGCGCGCCGUUCCGAUCGCUCACGCUCAAGUGGGCGCUGCGGCACCAUGAAGUGCUGUCCCGCCAUAGAGACUACGUGUACCUGGAGGCCACCGGCGUGCUGCGCGACCCGCAGGACAGCGGCGCGCGCGUGGGCUACCACCUCGUGCACUCGGUGACGCUGCCGUCCGCGCCCGAGCUGGCGCCGGAGAUGCAGAUCGUGCGCGGCCACUUGUCGUACUGCUACCUCUACCGACAACACAGCGAGAACGAAGUCGAGCUCUUCUUCCACGGCGGGAUGCUGCCCCGCGGCGGCGCAAGGGACCGACUGGCCUUCUCGCUCACAGCAGAGGCCGUGCUGGCCUCGCCCAGUACGGUCGAGUGCGCCAUGAUGAAGAAGCUGGCCUUCUCGCUGCGGACCAAGCAGCCAGCAGCUCUGCGUCCGCCUUCGCCGCCAUUGCACCACGUAGACGACGACGUCCGCCAGACGCAGGGCGGACGCAAGAGCAACUUCACCAGCAGCAUGUUCCGCGGCUCGAUGACGUUUGACAGCAGCCGCAGCAGUGUGUCCUUCGGCGGCGCGGGUGCAGGCGUGAACCCUUGUCGAGUGUGCCACCGCCCCGUGCGACCUUUCUUCGGUGGGAAAGUGACGCGCUGCGAGUUGUGUGAAGAGCCCGUGUGCAACCACUGCAAGGUGAACAAGAAGGUGUUCGUGUUCGAGAGUGGCGUGUUCCACCCGCAGAAGAUGGACUUUUGCUCCGAGUGCAUGGUCUCCACGAGCCGUUUGAACGCUGGCUGGGUGGCGUCCCAGGAGCUCACUGGCGCCACCACGCGGAUGCGCAUGAGUGAGCGAAUCAGUCUGCAAGUGGAGGAACAUGGCGCAAAGUCUCAAUUUGGCUUGAGUUCGUCGUCCUGGAACGGCAGGAUGUCGCGCAUUGACGAAGGAGGCCGCGGUACCAUGUCGUCGGAUGGCCCCAUGAUGCAUUCAGCACCUCAGUCUGUCGUCUGGCUCCCGACGGACCACCUGCACCCGCGCCUCACCUCGAUCGAUCCCAUGGAUCUGGAAGAGGACGAAGAAGAAGACGAGCACCCAAGUGAUGCACGCCCCGAGGCCAAGUCAUACGGCCGGAUCGAAGACGACAGCUUCAUCGAUACGGAGGCGUUUGUGACGCUGGACGACGACGACGAGUUCUUUGACGGCGAGGAAGUCAUCCCGAUGAUCGAUAUCCCAUCCGAGGGCGAAGAGGACGAGUUCGAGGCUGAAAGAGUGCUCUCGCGACAUGUGGUGGACCUCGUGCAGGCAUAG